GUGCGUAUCGUUGUUGAUGCUCUUGAUUCUCAUCUAUUGUGUAGCACUCUCUCAACGCAUGCGACCAUUGCGAGAUCCUCCUCAUUGCAACCUGCUUUUGUUACGACGGCGCGUUGGCUUCAUAACCUCGAUUGUUAUCACCACUGGUAUUAUGCGUUCAUCAUGAUCGCAAUACCUUCCGCUAUCACCCACCGAGACAGUCCUUGCAAGAGCUGCCGUGCAACAGAGAAGAUAGGAGGUUCAAUCAGCAAAGCUUUUGUUCAUGGAGUCGACGACUACAACUUGAAGCUACUUGGGGCUUGGAAAGUGACACACAUACUUCAGGAUGCUGAUUCUGGAAAUUCUGCAGUUACUGAACGGUUGUCUUCUUUUGCAGAGUUUGAAAACAACUGUUUCGAUUCAGCCUACAUUACUUGUGCCCUCCGAGAAUGCAGCAUAGGUUUUAUGAGCGAUUGCAACAUGGGCACAUGGCUUGCGGAUGGCGAUGCCGAAGGUUUACAAGAAGCUAUGAAAGAUGUUUCAACCUAG